CUUCCUUCCGCAGAGGUCCAAGGACAGGAUGACCACUUGUCGCGCCAAAUACUGUAUGGCCGAGCUGACCACCAUCAUGGGAGUGCUGGCGGGAUUCGACAGGAGAUGCGCCGACCGGUGUCGAGAGAUGUGCGUGGAGAGGGGCGUGGGCAUCCGAAAGGAAGUGUGCACCGUCUGCUGCCAGAAAGAAUCCUCCCGCCCGUCCGCAUCCGUCUAUUGGUACGAGAAGAGCAAGAAGAAGAAGAAGAAGAACCAUCCGGUGUUCGAGUAUUACACCUGCGGAACCGAAAAACUCUUCGGCUCUUCCGGACUGGUCGUCCCCCGGCCUCUACUCCUCUUUCUCUCCAUCCUCCCCCUCGGCAUCUGAGGCGCUUUCGCGCGCCGACUCCUUCCCUCCGAACCUUCGACGUCUUCCGGAUUAU